CGCGCAUUGCGAUGAGCCUCCUUAUAAAGCCAACUGCCGAGAAUUGAAUAACAGCUCGCCAUGACCUUGGUUGGAAGGUUUGCAAAACAUCGAUAAAAUCCUAUAAGGAGUUUUAAUGGAAACGAUAUCGAUGAAUGGCAAAUUUGGGAAAAUCUGCAAAUAUUUUGCAAACAGCGGAUACUGUUUUUAUGGAGAAAAUUGCCAGUUUGUUCAUGCCAAGGGGAAAGUAGAGAGUGCAUUAUCAGUUGAUGAUUCUGUUAUCACAUCAAGUGGAGGUACUGCUGCUUUGAUGCCAAGAGUUGCCAAUGUGCCCAGGCAGCUAAAAUAUGGUGAGAGUAGGUCGACACCAGUAAGUCCAAAGAAAAUUCAGCAGCAGGGCUCAAGACAGAAUCCAAAUGAAGAUCUUACAAGAAAUUUUCAAAGAUUGAAUUUUGAUGCCAUGCCUAUGCACCAGGCAGCACCACAUUUGCAAGCCAUUCCAAGGCCAUUUGCAGAUCAUGUGAAGAAGGAUCCUUUGAACUCAUUCUUUGCCCCACAUGGAAUGAAGCAGGAGUUGCAGAGGCAGUUGGUAAUUGCUAACACACAUUGUUCUGAUGAAAGUUUGCCUGCCGCUGUUGACUCAUACCAUUCUCUGUCUCCUUUAGAAGAUGGGAAAACCAAUCAGCCGGCUCAGGGUAUUUUCCGCUGUGUCACUACAUGCUACAAGGCCAUUUGCUCAAAGGAUGGACAGCUUUACUGCCUCAGAAGGAUACAUGGAUAUCGCCUAGGUGAUAGGAAAGUGUCAUCCGUUAUCGAGCAAUGGAAGAAACUCAAGUACACAAACAUUGUACCAUUGAUAGAAGUAUUUACAACAAAAGCUUUUGGGGAUACUUCUUUGAUAUUCGUCUACGAGUACUUCCCUGGCGCUGAGACGUUAAUGACUCGCCACUUCACGCCAGCUGCUAUUAAACCAUACCACCAAGGCCAUAAAGGCAGUCAUCACCCAUUGUGGACGCCCCAAAACAGGUAUGCGGUGCCUAUGCAACUGCAGAAAGCUCUUCCCGAGCGCCAUCUUUGGAACUACAUCAUUCAAUUAACUGCUGCUGUUCGGUUUAUCCAUAAUUCCGGCCUAGCUUGUCGCAUCAUCGAUCCUUCGAAGAUACUGAUCAUUGGAAAUUCAAGGUUGCGAAUCAAUUGCGUGGGUAUUUUAGACGUUUUAACAAAUGACAGCAAUUCGAAUACAGCCGCGACAAUGUUACACUAUCAGCAAGAAGAUCUCCUGGCUUUGGGAAAGCUGGUAUUAGCUUUGGCAUGCUCCUCCAUCGCUUCUAUUCAUCAGGAGAACAUAAAUCAUUCCUUGGAAUUUGUUACUAAGAACUACUCUAACGAUUUGAAGAAUCUUAUUUGGCUCCUCCACAGCACUCAGUUCCAGAAUUCGCCGAAAAGUAUAGAGGAUGUUGUACCAGUGAUUGGAACUAAAUUCUACGAACAGCUUGAUGUGAUACAAGAUAGAAGUGACACUCUUGAAAAGGAUCUUUUAAAGGAGCUAGAAAGUGGAAGGUUGUUCAGAAUAUUAGCGAAGUUAGCCACCAUUCUUGAAAGACCCGAAUUUAACAUGGACCCCGAAUGGUCAGAAACUGGCGACAGGUACCUGCUCAAGCUGUUCCGGGACUAUGUGUUUCACCAAGUCACGGAUACCAACACACCGUGGAUAGACAUGGCACACAUUGUAUCCUGUCUCAACAAGCUGGAUGCUGGAUCGCCAGAGCGUAUCUGCCUAACGUCACGCGAUGAGCAGUCCGUCCUCGUUGUGUCAUAUCAAGAUCUGAAAGCGUGCUUCGAAACAGCGUUCAGUGAUCUCGCAUCGAACAGCACAAGGACAUAGACAAGUGGCUAAGGGGUAAACCAAGAAACUCUCGUGGAUGUUUGAAAAUAAAGGUAGAUGGGUAUUUAAAGUUGAAUAGAAAUAAAGAUUUGCUGUAUUGCUUAACUCGUAUGUGCUUUUUUAAAGCGGGUAUUCAGAUAACCAAAUAGUGUACUAGGAAGGCCUGAGUCCAGUUACCUUUCGUUUGCAUGGGGAUGAGAGGGAUGCCAAUGGUAGUUAGGGCCUAGAUGUUUGUUCAGCGAGAUAAUUUUCGAUCCCUUUCAAAAUGUUUCAGCAUUUGGUUUCGAAUAGGAGCCUCCAGUGAUGCAUUUUUCCUAUACAGGUUCCAUGAUUCUUUGGUUUAUAACUAGAUUUUUAAUUAGAUACCAGACAUCUCGUCUCCAAAUACUCUAAACAACUCUCGUUUUGAAAUCAUCGACAUGGCUCUCAAGCUGCUGUGAAGAAGCCAAGAAUUCCCCUUGUUUGUUUUUGCACUGCCUGAUGAAUAGAGGGUAGAGAAACGUCUUAGUCACAAUAGACUGCAGAACGACAAAGGUUGCUCUCUUGCUCCAGUUUACUUUCAGUUUGGAAAAAGCUCCAACUGCCAUAACUGCCCCAAAUUGAGAUGGCUUAGGAAUCCAUCACUAUUAGAUACACAGUCUACCUGCGAUUAAAUUUACUUAAAUAUGCACAAGUUCACUAUUUCUUGUAUUGGGAACUAUGGAAAGCGAUAAGGACAGUUUAUAUAUGUCAUUAUUUGGCCAAACAACAUAUGAAGGCCUAGUUAAUGUAUAUAUCGUUACUAUUCUGUCAGCUCUAAUCUGAAAGUUGGCCUUUUUCUGCUUAUACUUUCAAUUAAUGUUUUUAUUGAAGAUUCCAAGUUUCAGCUUGGAGAAUUCUUUCAGAAAUAUACAGCUCUUUAAAGUAGAAAUGAAACUUUAGUGUGGUGAAUACAUUUGUAAAUUUACUUCAUACAUAGAUUUAAUGCAUGACGAUUUUUAAGCGCCAAUUCUAAAAAAAUAGCAACUGCCUUGUCAUCACGUGCAACGUGUCAUACGUCUCGUGUAUUAUUAUACCAUCGUAAUUAAGAUCAUGCUAGAAACAUUUGAAGUAAUAUUGUUCAAAAUGCACCGUAAUGGGAUUUAAAAUAAAACCAACAGGCCAACAGAGUUGCCGUUGAUAUAGUGCCAGAUCCGUGCCAUGGAUAGUUUCGAUUCCAAAACGAUCUUUUAAAAAUCAAAAUGAGAAGUUUUUAUUGAAGUUAUCAAAAUCGAAUUCCAGAAUUGAAUUGGAGUUUUGCUUGAAUUGUGCUUAUUUGAUUUUCAUUAGCUGCGUUUGUCAUUCGAAAGAAUUUUCCAUUCAUGUCCUAAAGUAUUAGAAACGUUAGAUCUUACUGAACAACUAUUGGAGAGACUGAGACUCACCACUAAAAGUAAAAUUUAGCUCGACAAUCAUUCCAGUGAUAUGUUCCAGUUCUUUUUUACGCCAUUGAUAAAGCUACUCUUUAGCACCUUGAUAUAAUGAAGCAAUGUACAGAUCUUUAUAAGAGAUUAAAAUAUAGUCUUUCGAGGCUACAAGUAUUGGAAAAGGCCGCUGCUGUUGUAAAGGCAUGUAAUUCUCUCCUUGACUUGUGUAUGGUAAUUUAAAUGCCAUAAAAUUAACUGCAAUGGAAUUGAAUCAUAACUGAAAUAAGAUUAUUUUGUAUAGUUUUUGGUAUUUAUGUAUACAACUUAUGUAUUAUGGGAUACAAAUAAAAUGUGUUCAUAGUUAUA